AUGGCACAGUUUGAAAGCCUGAUAUGGACUAUAACUAUUAUAUUGGUGCUUGAAAGCAUCGGAUCCUGUAUUGCAUGUGGUAGAGCUGAGUACAGAAUAAGGGAUGAAUGUUGUCCCAUGUGUUCACCAGGAAAUCGUGUACAUAGGCAUUGUACUGAAUUCACCAGUACCAGCUGUGUGCCCUGUGUUGAUUCUACAUUCCUUGAUGAGCCCAAUGGUCUCAUAAAAUGCAAAGUGUGUAUCAACUGUGAUUCAGGUUUGGGUUUGAAGGUAAAGCAGUCAUGCAGACCUUCAUCAGACACUGUCUGUGGGACACUGGAGGGCUUCUACUGUCUAGACCCAACUAAGGAUGGUUGUAGAGCAGCCCAGAGACACAGCAGCUGUGAACCUGGUCAAUACAUCAGUCACAAAGGAACAACAUCUACAGAUACUGUGUGUGCUGUCUGCCCUGAUAAAACGUAUUCAGAUGGAUCAUUAACAUCUUGUCAACCACAUACAGAAUGUGAAUUCUUGGAAAUUGAACCAGGAACUCCUUGGUUGGAUUCAGAAUGUGGAGUAUCCUCACUUCCCACAGCUGGAAUCAUAGCUGGUGUUCUGAUAGGUGUUCUAUUUUUUCUGACCAUAGCUGUUUGUGUUUGUUUAUUUAUGAGAAGAAGAAAAAUGGUGAGAACAAGACACAACGUAGGUAAGAUGACUGGAAUUGUAUUUGUACCAUUCAUUGUUUUUUUUAAACCUUUAUUUAACUAGGCAAGUCUGUUAAGAACAAAUUCUUAUUUUCAAUGACGGCCUAAGAACAGUGGGUUAACUGCCUGUUCAGGGGCAGAACGACAGAUUUGUACCUGGUCAGCUCGGGGUUUGAACUUGCUACCUUCCGGUUACUAGUCCAACUCUCUAACCACUAGGCUACCCUGCUUUCAUUGCCUGUGAUAUUCAGUUUACUCUGUGAAUGCUAAAUGUUCUCAUAUAGUAUAUAUUAAUACUGUUUGUUAUCGUCAUGGUUACAUGGUAUGUUUAUUACAAUAUUGAACAUCUGUCUUUUUUAUAGGCCCUCAAAUACCUACACAGGUAUGUUUGGAAAUCUAUGAAUAUCUUUCAUCACAUUGUACUACUUUGUGCUUUCUUCUGUGAAACUUGAAUUUAUUGAGCCAGUUUCCUAGACAGAGAUUACGCCUAGUUUUUGAAUAAAAAGCACUUUAAAAUGGAAAAUCUUCAUUGAAUGUGCUUCUUUGUCCAGGACUGAGAGUAAUCUCUGUCUGGGAAACUGUCCCAAUGUGUUUUACUAAUUACUGUUUCUAUUUGAUAGGCAUCCCCAGAUCAGGAAAUAUCAAUGCUGUCUGGGGGAAAGGGAAAAUGAAACGGUAAGGCACACCUAAAUAUGUGUACAGAAUAGUUUGAGUUAAAAGAAUUUCAAACCUAUUCAUAAGUAAAUGCUAAGACCAAUGAUAUGAUACAAGAAUAUAGGACAAGAUAUUGUACUACAAAACAUUGUCCAGAAUAUAAAUUAAUUACUGAUAAAUUACAAAUGACUUCUCUCCCCAGA